CUUCUGGUGCUUUAGGUCUCAUUCCCCCCCCUGCUUUUCUUCUCCCUCUUCUCCCUCCUGCUUCUACUGUUCUGCUUCUGCUUCUGCUUCUGCUUCUGCUUCGUUCCGAUUGAUCCGCCAUUGCGAGUUCCAAUCCCGUGUCUGGGCAUCCCGGCGAGCAUUCCGAUGGAUGCGUGAUCCUCGACUCGACUCGACUCGACUCGCUCCCAUGGCUUAGCUCACAUCCGCUUCACUCUCCCCCACAAGAGAGUUGAUGCUGCUGCAGUUGCUGAUCAUUGAGAAAGUUUGUUAGGGGCAGGGUUUUUGAUUGGUGAGAUACUUUGGCAGGGGCUCGGCAGAUAUCGAUUUGGUGAGGAUUCUGAAUUGAGGAGUUUUGUUUUGUGUGUUUCGGGUUCGGGGUCGGUUUUGGAGGAGAAGGAGUGUCGUGUUCCGCUCUCCUCCUCCUCCUCCUCCCUCUCUCUCCACCCACUCUGUGUUGGUCUGUAUCGGUCACGGUGGUUUCGGGAAACGCUCUCCUCCUGGAACUUGGUGAAGAACUUCCCCCAAUUCGCGCAUAUUGAUAGUUUCUUUUUGAGUGGUUCCGAAGUGGAAUGCAUAGUUGUGAUGAUUCAAAGCGUAGACGGAUCUCUAUCAGUUGCUGUUGUUUCUUCUCUUUUGCAGUACUAGUGCUCUCCCACGCCGCCCCUCUACUGUCCCGCUUCUACCGUCGUGGCCAUGAUAGUUGUGUCAGAAGAGGCGAAAGAAGGUUCCUGUUCUAUCAGUUGCUGGUUCGGGAGAAUUUGAAGCAACUCGCAGCUGCCCGGAUCCGCUCAUGGACACCUACUCCUCCGGGGAAGACGUCAUCAUCAAGACGAGGAAGCCCUACACUAUCACCAAGCAAAGGGAGCGAUGGACCGAGGAGGAGCAUAACAGGUUCCUGGAAGCCCUGAAGCUCUAUGGACGAGCUUGGCAGCGCAUUGAAGAACAUAUAGGAACAAAGACUGCUGUUCAGAUCAGAAGUCAUGCUCAAAAGUUCUUUUCAAAGUCUCAUGAAUUCAACUCUCCAUCUCGCCCCUCAUCAAUCAAAAUCCCGGGGCCGUCAUUGAUGCUUUCUCCUUCUUGGAUGCUUUCUUUGGAAAAGGAGGCGCUCAUGAAGGGCAUUCCAAUAGGACAAGCUCUAGAUAUAGACAUUCCACCUCCGCGCCCGAAGAGGAAACCAAGCAAUCCAUAUCCUCGAAAGACUGGUGCAGGUGCGAUUGCACUGCAAGCUGGAGCAAAAGAUGGAAGAGUUCUGACCACUGUUUCACCAUCCUUCUGCCAAAAAGGACUCAAUUUGGAGAGAGAGCCAAUUCCUGAAAGAGCUAGUGCUGGAGAAAAGUCGGCAAAUGCAAAAGAAAAUCAGGAUGAUAACUGUUCUGAAGUCUUCAAUGUGAUACAAGAUACUCACUGUUCAUCUGUCUCUUCAGCAAUCACGAGUCCAGUGACGAUCCCAUUGGCAAUGAGGAAUCCAUGCACUUUCAAGGAGCUUGUACCUUCACUGAAAGAGGCAGUUCAGGACAACAGCACAUGCAAAACGAGCAAUAUGGAGAUUGCUGAGGCUUCCCAAGAGAAAACAGUCCAGUGCGGAACGGAUGAUUCAACUGUAGCACUAGCACUGCCAACGGAUGAGAUACAAGGGGCUCAAAACUACCCGAGGAAUGUUCCUGUUCACGUCUUAGACGCAAAGCAAGGACGGUCUCCCCAGGCUCCUUCAAUGGACGUGCCACUCCACCUUACCAGAGAUAUUAAUGGACAACCUAACCUGUUUGCAAAUCCUGCAGCAUCUGCAACUACUGAUCAUCAUAGGAAUGACCCGACAUUUGAGCACCAAUCAUUCCCAGCUUUUCACCCGCCAUUUACUCCUGUUCAUCACAACCACAGUGACUAUCAGUCAUUUCUCCACAUCUCCUCCGCAUUCUCAAGUCUCUUGGUGUCCACUCUGUUACAGAACCCUGCAGCUCAUGCAGCAGCAAGUUUUGCGGCAACAUAUUGGCCCUACCCGAGCAUGGACGGUGCUGCAGCGGACUCUCCUGCUAGGCAAAUGAGCUCAACCCCCAGCAUGGCGGCCCUUGCUGCUACUACCGUUGCGGCUGCAGCUGCAUGGUGGGCAGCCCAUGGAUUGCUCCCUCUCUGUGCUCCUCUGCAAGCUGGGUUCACCUGCCCUAUGCCAUCCUCCUCAGUUGUCCCUCCCGCAGAUACUGGUCAAGCUCCUGUAACCCAGAUGGACCCAAUGGAGAAAGGUUUUCAAGAGAAGUCCUCGCAAGAUCACCUGGACCAGGACAAUCCUGAUACAGAACAGGCUGCGAAUUCAGCUUCAAAGCCCCCGGCGUUAACAUUAUCUGAUUCCGAAGAAUGUGGAGGGGAGAAGCUCGAGAAUGAUUCAAAAGAUGAAGAUUGUGGGAAGGGCUCAGGAGAGAUUGAUUCCCCUGAUUUAAACAAGACUGAGGCAGGAAAGCCGGUGGACCGUUCCUCAUGUGGCUCAAACACUCCUUCCAGCAGUGAAGUUGAGACAGAUGCUCUGGAAAAACAAGACGAGAGCAAGGAAGAGCCUGCCCUCGUUGGUCCUGAUCCAAAUAACCCAACAGUCGAGCAUGGAAACCGUCGGAGAAGUAACAGCAAUUCAAACGAUUCUUGGAAGGAGGUUUCCGAGGGGGGGAGGUUGGCUUUUCAAGCACUUUUCUCCAGACAUAUUCUGCCCCAGAGUUUUUCGCCUCCCCGUAAUGCAAACAGGAUGGAGCUGGAUGAGGACAAAAUCAAAGAUGAGGAGCAAGCUGCCGAAGGAGAGGGAGAAGGAGAUGGAGAUGCACCCGCAAUAGACCUCAAUAACAAGACCGGGCCUUGUCCUGCUCAUCACGAUUCAGAGGAGAAGGCACAACAUUCUUGCGGUCAUGAGGAGGGGCUGCUCGCAAUUGGACUGAGCAAUGGAAAGCUUAGGUCUCGUCGGACUGGAUUCAAACCUUACAAGAGGUGCUCGGUUGAGGCAAAGGAGAUGAGGGUCGCUAAUGUAAGCAACCAGGGCGAAGAGAAAGGCCCAAAAAGGAUACGCUUGGAAGGGGAUUCUUCGACUUGACAUUCGGUAUCUGCGUGAUACUCGAUGACAAGGGCAAGCUUUGUCAUGGGUCGCAUGCAGGUUACCGAUAUUUUUCCCCGAUGUCUAUUUCUUCAUCAUCUAAUUUCCGCCAUGCAAACAUCUCACGAAACUUGUCGUGUGUGUGUCUCUGUGUACUAUAUAAUAUGCCGUCGCCAAUUAGUUUCUAUCCUGAACUAUGCAACCAUUGCUCGGGACUUCAUUCUGCGGAGACCUAGAUAAGGAUUUACUACUUGUGGAAAUAGGCCUCCUUGUCUUGUGUGGCCUCUAGACAAUUCCUCCGCUGAUUUGUCUGCCUGUCACUGUAACUUGAUCGUGGCCUUUUCUUCUCA